CCAAAACGUAGCCGGCAACAUUAGGCCUCGCAAGAGCUCUUUUGUUCCGCUUCGCGCACGGCCUCCCUAACGUCACCUAGAGACGUUUAAAUAAACUAUACCAGAGUAUUGCUGCUGGCGCAAGCCAGCCUCCAACGAAGGCAAGGACAGGGUGGGCCUACGCUCCUCAAGCGGGGCUCACGGUUUUGGCCAGCAGAUAGUGUUUCACCAGCAGUUUGACGAGCGACGCAACCAGCAAACAUCCUUGCUAGGGACAGCCAGUCUUCCGUCAAGCAGACGCCAGUCCGCAAAACGUUGGACUCGGAGAUGACCAGCUUUGGCAUCCCAUCGAACUACACAAAUUCUCCGUCAUCUGUGCCUGGCACGCCGCAUCUGACGAUCAAUAAGGACAUCACUGCGCUCGACCUUGAUUCCAGCAAUCAAUUCGAGGGACCGGAAAAGCUACUGGAGGUAUGGUUCUCGGCUUCGGAGACGGCACUACCUGCCUCUGCCUCACCUCACGGUCUGAAGGUCGUUUCGCAAGAUGUCUGGAAGGGCAUGCUUGAUCUUGUCAACUGCAAGGUUCUGUCUGUGGUCGAAAGCCGCAAUGUCGACGCCUACCUGCUUUCCGAGUCAAGCAUGUUCGUCUUCCCGCACAAGCUUGUACUGAAGACGUGCGGCACCACCACACUUCUUUGCGGUCUGCCGCGUAUGUUGGAGAUAGCCGCUCUCGAAGCCGGCUUUCCACAUGUCAAAGCGAAUCUGCCCAUCGGGAUCCCAGCUGCUGCUACACCACAUCGCGUGUUCUACAGCCGCAAAAACUUCCUCUUUCCAGAUCAACAGCUUGGUCCGCAUCGUAGCUGGCGCGAUGAGGUACGCUAUCUCGAUAAGAUGUUCAUGGGUGGCAGCGCCUACAUGAUAGGCAAAAUGAAUGGAGAGCACUGGUACCUGUACAUUACCGGUCCAGGCACGCAGCUUACGCCACCUGCGAGCCCUGAGCGUGAUUUUAUGCAAAGCAAGACUCAACCGAUUGUUUACCCGGAAAGGCACCUUACUGAGAUGGAGAAUGGCGACGAGACGCUAGAGGUUUUGAUGACAGAUUUAGAUGUCAGGAAUGCUCGCCAGUUCUACCUUGACAACGCAAGCACGAUUGCCAAAGACAGUGCACGCCGCACCCACGAGGCUCGCAAGGACGCCAUUCACCACCUUGGCGUCAUUGCUGAACGGAAUGUGUCCGACCCCAGCAUCUCCGGAAAGACCCUCGUUGACGGCUUUGGCAAUGGCCGUGAUACUACUUCAGACCAGGAUGACGACGCACAGUUCGAUGUGUUCGCGCAAACCUUGCCUGAGCAUUCAGGCUGCAGCUCAGAUACCGAAGACAACACGGAACCGCUGACGUUUUCCCAAGAGUUCAGCACUGAGGGCCACACACUGGGCUCGGUUGUUACAGAACACUGCGGGCUUGCCGACGUUUACCCGGCGUCUGUUUAUCCAGAUGCCAAGAUUGACUCGUACCUCUUCACCCCUUGCGGCUAUUCCGCUAACGGAGUCGUGCCAAUGCCUGGCGACGGAGACUCAACGAACUACUGGACUGUGCACGUGACGCCUGAGCCGCAAUGCUCAUACGCCAGCUUCGAGACGAAUGUGCCUUCUCGCGCGCUCGGACGGGAGACGGUGGACGUGGUGCAGCAGGUCGUCGGCAUCUUCAAGCCUGGCCGCUUCAGCGUCACGCUCUUCGAGGCGAAGGCGGAGGACGACAAGUUGGCUGCGAAGAAGGACAAGCUUAUGGACUAUGUCGAGGGCUAUCGUAGGGUUGACCGGAUCGUGCAUGACCUGGAGGGCUACGAGUUGGUCUUCCGGUACUUUGAGCGUGAGGAUUGGAAGGGUGGCGCCCCACGAUUGGGUGAGCGGUACAUGAUGGUCGAUGACUGAUGUUUACGGACGGUGAUCCUUUCUUUCAUACCUCGUGUUCACGGUUGGCGUCGACUCUUGUUGCAUGCUAUGCCCGAGACGGCUACUUUAUGAUAUCAACGACGUGGAAAAACAUGUAGUCGAAGUAAUCUCUGUUGGGAGGAGCUUUGCAGUCAUGAUACACUAUUAGUACAUUUCUUAGCGGCGGGCCUUUUCAAGUUCCUCUCGGCAGCGCUGGACUGCGUCCCUCGCCUUUUGCCAGCUCUGCACAUCUUCUGGCCGCACACUCGCUCUGCCUCCGUCGCUGACGAGCCGCCGCAAGUGAGCCUCAAUGUCAGCCAAUACCCU